AUGUCGUACGCAUAUCUGUUCAAGUACAUCAUCAUCGGCGACACUGGUGUCGGCAAGUCUUGCCUGCUGCUGCAGUUCACAGACAAGCGCUUUCAGCCCGUACACGAUCUGACUAUUGGCGUUGAGUUCGGUGCUCGUAUGAUUACCAUCGACAACAAGCAAAUCAAGCUGCAGAUCUGGGACACUGCUGGUCAGGAGGCUUUCCGCUCCAUCACUCGCUCGUACUACCGAGGCGCCGCUGGUGCUCUGCUGGUGUACGACAUCACUCGCCGAGAGACCUUCAACCACUUGACCACCUGGCUGGAAGAUGCUCGUCAACAUUCCAAUUCUUCAAUGGUGAUCAUGCUGAUCGGAAACAAGUGUGAUCUCGACUCGCGUCGCGAGGUGAAGAAGGAAGAGGGCGAGGCGUUUGCUCGAGAGCACGGCCUAAUCUUCAUGGAAACCUCUGCAAAGACGGCCGCCAACGUCGAGGAGGCGUUCAUCAACACUGCUCGGGAGAUUUACGAAAAGAUUCAAGAGGGCGUUUUCGACAUUAACAAUGAGGCGAAUGGCAUCAAGAUUGGCCCUCAGCUGUCGCCCACCAACCCGAAUCUCGCUUCAGGUGGUCAAUCUUCGAGCUCCAGCGGAGGCUGCUGUUAG